AGGCAAAUCCACCCCAAGAGAUGCUGUGUUGAUCCAGGCUUCCCUUCCUUGCACCUUGCAUUGGGGUGAGCAAGCCCCUGGCUAGCCACGGCCGGGCUCCUCUCUCUGCCUCUGUCCAGUGCUGUUUAUAUGAUGGUGGAGCAGCGCAGGCCAGGUCUGCAGCAGCCAGGCUGCUGGCAGAUGAGCAAUAACACCAUGACAUCAUUGUGUGAGUGGAGCCUCCCUAGAGAGGAGUGAGGGGUGGGGGCCGGAGGGGGGCAGGCGAGCCAGCGAGCUGGAGAGAGGAGCACAGAGCGCGCCCGGCGAGCACUCUAAAAGCACUUAGCCAGACACGCAGCGGCAGGGCAUGCUAACGGAGCCCAAGUAUGGGCGCUUUCGCAAUGGCUCAGUGACGCCCUCGGAGGACCCAGCCAUGAGCAGCAAGGUCGCGGCGGCCACCCCGGCCCCCUCGCCGCCCGCCUCCCUGGCCCACCCGUGCCCCCCGCUGGGGGAAGCCCACUUGCCGGAGGAGCAGGAGGCCGUGACCACCUUCUGCAUGCUGAUCCCCAAGAUUCCCCAGUGGAAGUUCUCCAGCCCCUCCGGCUUCCUGAGCCGCAGCCCUUCCAGCGCCAGCAAGGACCUGUCGUCCCCGGCUAAGCCCGGGGGCCCCGGAGAGGCAGGAGGGACCUCCUCCGGCCUGGCUGCUGUCCUGAGUGCCUGUGAGCCUGUCUGCCACUCUCCUUGUUCUCUGCAGGUGAUGAACCGGUUCCGAGGAGGGGGAGGGAGGAAGGCGGCUCGGGUCGAGGGGGUCAAACUGGCCGGAGAGGAAUGGAACCGGAAAGGUAGCUUCAUCAAUAAACCGGCGCAGGGCUGGCUCCAUCCGGACGAACGGGUCCUGGGACCGGGGGUCUCCUACAUCGUCAGGUACAUGGGCUGCAUUGAAGUGCUGCGCUCCAUGCGAUCUCUUGACUUUAACACCCGGACGCAGGUUACCAGGGAAGCCAUCAACAGACUGUACGAGGCGGUGCCUGGGGUCAAAGGGGCCUGGAAGAAGAAGGCACCCAACAAAGCCCUCUUCUCCAUCCUGGGCAAGAACAACCUGCGCUUCGCUGGGAUGAGCAUCACUGUCAACAUCUCCAUCGACGGGCUCAACCUCAUGAUCCCCACCACCCGGCAGAUCAUUGCCAACCACCACAUGCAGUCCAUCUCCUUCGCCUCGGGGGGAGACACGGACAUGACAGACUACGUGGCCUAUGUGGCAAAGGAUCCCAUUAACCAAAGAGCCUGCCACAUCCUGGAAUGCUGUGACGGGCUGGCUCAGAGCAUCAUCAGCACGGUGGGACAGGCCUUCGAGCUGCGCUUCAAGCAGUAUCUGCACAGCCCCCCCAAGGUGGUGGUGCCGCCGGACAGGGUACUGGGGACCGAGGAAUCCGCGUGGGGCGACGAAGAGGAGACGGCCGAACACGACUACUACAACAGCAUCCCGGGGAAGGAGCCUCCCCUGGGGGGACUCGUUGACUCUCGGCUCAGGCACGGGACGUUGCUGGGCCACGUGCACUCCCAGCCCUCCUGCGCCGGUCACUUCAGCCAGGUUGGAUUUCCUGCCAGAAGAGACCAGAACAGCCACCCAGGCUCCCACUGGGACAGCGACGCUCCCGGCCAGUCCUGUGACGGCUACCUCCAGGCAGACGGCCAGCCCCUCGGAUGCCGCGACUACGAGGAGCACAUGUACGUCAACACGCAGUGCCUGGACGGCUGGGAGCACGAGGCGAGCCCCCCAAAGGAUCUCUUUGACAUGAGGCCUUUCGAAGACGCCCUAAAGCUGCACGAGUCCACGGUGGCUGGCGGGGCCAGCCCUCCCCUUGAGGACCAGUGGCCCAGCCCGCCCACCCGGAAGGCUCCCGUCGCCCCCACGGAAGAGCAGCUGAAGCGGGAGCCCUGGUACCACGGGAAGAUGAGCCGGCGAGACGCCGAGAAGCUGCUGCAGAUGGACGGGGACUUCCUGGUGAGGGACAGCAUCACCAACCCCGGGCAGUACGUCCUGACGGGCAUGGACGGCGGGCAGCCCAAGCACCUGCUGCUGGUGGAUCCCGAGGGCGUGGUGAGGACCAAGGACGUCCUGUUCGAGAGCAUCAGCCACCUGAUCAACUACCACCUGCAGAACGAGCAGCCCAUCGUGGCGGCGGAGAGCGAGCUGCACCUGAGGCAGGUGGUGAAGAGGAAGCAGUGACGGCUGGGUGCGUCCCCCCGGCAGGGGCCUACAGGGGGCAGGCAGGAGACCAGGGGGCCUGAUUCCCUCCUGCCCUCGCCCCCAUCAGAGCAGCGGGGCAGUGGGGAAUUGGCCCGCCCCCUCUCUCUGUGCGGGUGACCCAGCGGUGUCCACUGCCUCUUGGGCUGGGCUAACGGGGAGUCGCUGGGAGUGAGACGCCCCCUGAGCAUGCGGGGCCCCUGACGCUGUGAUCCCUGACAGCGAUCUCCUUUCUCUCUGGCCCAGAGCCCACUGGGGACCUGGCUCUGGGCCCAGAGUGCCUGCCCAAGGAGGAGAGGGGAGCCAGGUGAAAAAGACAAGUGGAUGCCACAGACAGAAACCCCCCCCUUCCCUAAGCAGCACCCACAUCCCCCUCUGCUCCUCCUCCUCCUCCACCCAGUGCCACAGUCACCCUUUCUCUUUCCCCAGGGGACUGUUUUCCCUCCCCUCCCCAAACAGCUUCCUCUUUCCCUCUCCCUUCCACUUGUGGCCACGCUCCCCCCUUCUCUCCCCCUCCGCUGGACUCGCGCCACCUUCCCUCUUGCCUAUGGAUGGCUGUCACUCGCCUACAGGCAGCCACCUGUGCCCGUGUCUCUUCGGUGGACCCCUGCCCAUUCGUGUUCUCUCACCCACCUCCACCAGUGGAGUGCUGUCACGUUCCCCCUCUCUCUCCUGUAGCCCUGUGCCAUCUUCCGUCUCUCUCUUUCUCUCUCUCUCUCCUACAGACUGUUGCUACAUCCCCUCUUUCCCUCUUAGCUACAGGCUGCUGCCACAACCCACGCCGACUUUUUCACUCUUCCUCCUAUCCUGGGAUGGAGGCGAUGUAUUUAUCCUACACGUGCCGACAAAACUCCGACUGGGACGUUAGCACGGCUCUGCCCACCAUCCCCACCAAGGAGCCCGGAGGACACAAACGGAGCUCAGCUCUUUGCCGCGUACGUCCCACCAGGAUCACACAUACAGCAGAUCAAACCUACCCCCGACUUCUUAGACUAGUAGUUAAUUAAAGCAAACGAAUAGUGAGCAGGGAGCCGUGCUCGGAGAGCUGCUUGUAACCCCGCCUGGGCGCGGACUGUUGUCUAGUGGCCUAAACGCGGUGCUGGGUGCCGGGACACCUGAGCUCUUUGCCUCCACCUCUGCUGCUGACUGGCUGGGUGACCUUGGGCAAGUUGCUUUGCCGCUCUGUGCCUCAGUUUCUCCAUCUGUAAAAUGGGGAGGAUGAUAUUGACCGACCUACCUCGCAGGGGGUGCUGUGGGGGGGAGUUAGCUAAAGCUGGUGUGGCCUUCUGAGUGCUAAAUAGCAUUCAACUCAGCUGUUAGUUGCUGCUAGAGAUCAUCAGAGGGGUAGGGAACCCCCUUUGGAGGUAGAAUUGGGUAUGUCGGGAGGGGUCAGAAGCACAAGGCCCCAUUCCCAUCUGCAAGGAGAAUAGGAGCCUCUUCCCCAUCUCCCAAAACCUCCCAAGCCAACCCCUUGCAGUAACAGCUGCUUAGACUCCACUUUGCAGCCCUGACGGGACAAUCUUGUAAUUACGUUAUCCGGCUGAGAUGGCCCAUCAUUAGGGAAACGACGUCAGAGCACUCUGCUUAUUGAAUCAGGACGUGAGGACAGACGUUUGGACCUUGGGAGAGAGGACAAAGAGCGACACAAGCGAGGGUGUGGCCGUCCGACCGCUGGGACGCAUCUCUCCUCCUGCACAGCUACCCAGGAGGUGACUUGGUGACCACUUGGCUUCUGCCCCGCUUCAGAGCCUCAGCCAGGCUCCUAGUACCUAGUCCGGGUCACGGCACUGUCCCUCCGCUCUGGCUGGGGUAGCCAGUGCCUGCUUCCUUUGGAUGGUGGAAGAUGGGACCUUCCCCAGAGCUUAAGCUUUGGAGACUUACAAAGCACCUGCUAUGCAAAGCUCACAGCUCCUUCAAGGCCAGCUAAUUCCAAGAGGCAUCACUGCAGGAGAUGCCAGAGUCAUCUUCCAGCAGGGGUCCCUGCUCUUUGGAAGCUCCCAUCUCCUCCAGUCCCACCCCAGCCGGCGUUACAAGAGAGGACAAUGGAAAGGUACCUUCUCCAGCAAGGUGGGUCUUGCUCUUCUCAGGCCCACGGGUCCGUGUCACUUUGUAGUGGGAUUUUACAGGUUACCCGGCGCUGAACAUCCGUCAGCUGGGACCCAAGGUGAGAAUUCCACUGAACGGCUGCAGCCUUUUAAACGCUAGACAGCGAUUGUCUCUCCACCGCGCCGGCAUUCGGGGAAGCGUCUGACACGCAGCGAGGGGUUCGCUGGUUUGAAUACGUUUCUAAUUAAAUGUGGAAAUGAUCAAACGG